AUGACUACUUUUUUAUAAUCAACAUUUACAAUAUCUGCGAAGCCAAACUAUGAGUUUUUAUAGAAUUAAGUUGAUACUGACUCAGAUAAUGAAGAAUAGAAAUAGAAAUUAUAAUAAGUUCAUGAUCAUUAGAAGGAACACAAAAAAUUUAAGAAAUUGAUUGAUAUAGAGUUGGUUAAAGAGGAAUUGAAAAGCAGACCCAAUGUUGAAAAGCAAUUAAGUUCGCUUUAAAAGAAAUCAAUUUCAAAAAUAAAAAGUGUCCGUUCGCUGAAUGAUCUCAUAAUGCCAACUUCUCCAGUUUUAAUGGAUCAAUUAAGCAAUUUGAAUAAAAUAAAAGAGAUACGAAAUGAAGUGCCUCCAGAACUAAUGGGUAGAAUUUACUCUGAAUUUAGGUAAUUUAUCAUAAAAUUAAUUAAGAUAUGAAUUUGUGUCUGCCCUAAAUCCUGUUUAUCGCUAGGGAGAUUAGAAUAAAAGAUUUUAUAUAGUGCUAGAAGGGAAGGUGGUGGUGAUGAAACCAAAGUUAAAGAUGGUGGGGUCCAGUAAAAUAGAAUUUGAUGAUAACUUGAAAUAAAAAAAUCAAGGAAAAAAUGAAGAUGAUCCAUUUGGAUUAAAAAUUCUCUUUCCUGAUUACAUUAUACUAAAAAUUUUAUUUCCAGGAGAGUAUGUGUAUCUUAAUUCUAUUUUUAGCUCUUUUGGAGAGGCAGCCAUUAAAUUAGAUACCACCAGAUCAUCUACGGUUUUUACUUUAGAGGACACCCACUUAAUCUAUUUAAAUGAAACAGCUUAUCUCGAAUAUAUUAAUCCUUAUUUAAGUAUUUCUUUGGAUAAAAAAAUUAAAUACUUUGGAUCAACUCCACUGUUUCAAAAUAUCAAUACAGAAGACUAUAUGGGUAUAGUUUUGGAAAGCAAGAUGAUCACAAUGAAGGCAGGAGAGCUAUUUUAUGAGGAAGGAGAGAAAACUAAAUACAUUUAUUUUAUAAUCAAUGGGGAAAUAGAAUUGUUAAAGAAAGUAGGAAGCAAAUCCAUAAUUUUAUCUUCUUAUGGGGAAUUUCAAUGUUUUGGGGAGGUUGAGAUAAUGAUGAAAAUAAAUAGAUAUACAAAAGCAAAAGUGAUUUCCCCAAGGGUUAAUUGUUAUAAAAUCAGAAAGAGAAGAUUUUUUGAUAAUUUAGGGAGUUUUGGAACUNUUUUUUAUAUUUUUAAUAUAGUUGUUAUUUAUUAAUAAAUAAUGGGUAAAAUUAGAGAAAAAUAAUUAGCCACAUCAAUUUAAAUGACAGAUUAUAUCUCUUAAGAAUUAUGA